ACCGGUCUGAAGACACUGGUCCAGACCUGGUCCAGACUCAGACUGUUUUUCAGUCUAGGCUGGAUGACGGACCAGGACCUCAGGGGCCAAAAGGCUUCAUGUCCACAGUAGCCUCACCACCACCUGGAACCAGUUUCCCGCCACCUCUCUGGUCUCCCGCUUUAUUAGGAACAGAACAUUGUCAGGUGUGCAGUGAUUCAGACAUCUGGGACCAGUCAGAUUUUAUCAUAAGGCUUUUAUUUUGAAGGCUCCGGUGGCGCUCUUCCUGUGUCGUGGUCGUUAACGCGGUGCGUCUUGACGCAGCGGGUGGCAGCUGGUGCGUCAGGAGGAGACGGUCAGAGAGAGAUGCCAUAGCAGCAUCACCGGGAGGAUUUCAUCUAGUCUUGGUCCGAUCCGGUCUGAACCCGUCCGGACCGGCUCCGCUCCGCUCCGGGACGCCUCUCAUGCUUUGUCCGCCUCGCAGCGCGUCAGUCCGGGUUUUAAUCGGCGGAGAACAGCGGCGGAGCGGCGGCAGCAUCUGGAGCAGAGGAUGCUCUGUGGUUUCCCAGCAGGCCUGUUAAGAUGAGUGUGACAUCAUGGUUCCUGGUGAGCAGCUCAGGCACUCGACACCGCCUCCCAAAAGAGAUGAUCUUUGUGGGCCGAGAGGACUGUGAGCUCAUGCUGCAGUCCCGCAGCGUGGACAAACAACAUGCUGUCAUCAACUACAACCCAACUACUGACGAACACCUGGUCAAAGACCUGGGCAGCCUGAACGGGACAUUUGUGAACGACCUGAGGAUUCCUGAUCAGACCUACAUCACCCUCAAACUGUCCGACAUCAUCCGCUUCGGAUACGAUUCUCAUGUCUACGUUCUGGAGAAGAGUCAACACAAAGUCCCAGAGGAGGCUCUGAAGCAUGAGAAGUACAGCAGUCAGCUGCAGAUGAGCUUGAAGGUUUCAGAGAAGAAGACGGAGCUGGAAGAUCGAAGCAGAGCGGAGAAGAGUCAGAGCAAGAGCCUGACACAAGAGGCUCCGGUGUGUCGGCCCACUCCUCUGUACGGUCAGCCGUCCUGGUGGGGAGAGGAGGAUUAUGGGAGUAAAGUUCAGACCAGCGAUGAGCCACAUCCAGACGGUCACAAAGACGCGCCGUCUGUGGACCCGGACUUUCCCGGAUCCGUGUCAGACCCCCAACCAAAGACCAUCUUCCCCUCAUACCACCGUGAACCCAGCUACUUUGAGAUCCCCACCAAGGACUUCCAGCACCCCAAAACCUCGGGGACGGAGCUCCACGAGAUCCCCACCAAGGACACUGACGCGGCCCCGACUCCGCCCACCUCGACCCCGCCUGUCGUUCAGAGCCACGCCUCCUUCACCAUCGAGUUCGACGACUGCAUGCCCGGUAAGAUCAAGAUCAAAGAUCACGUCACCAAGUUCUCCACCCGUCAGAGGAAACAGCAGCAGGCUCCGCCAUCUAAGACGACCAUCACGGCCACACCUGCAGAGGUGAUGUCGGCAGAGAGCAAGGUGGCUGAUUGGCUGGUGCACAGUGAUGUCAGCAUGAUGAGGAGACGUCCGAUGUGUGAAGACGUUUACAGCACCAAGAGCGACCUCGCCAUGAACAUCAAGACCCUCAAAGGUCACCAUCAUGAGGAUGGAACCCAGAGUGACUCUGAGGACCCGGUUCUUAAAGGGAGGAGUAAAUCCCACCACUCAGUCCACUCUCACCACUCCGUCCAAUCAGAGCAGUCAGAGGCGUCCCAGCAGACCGUCCAGUCAGGUCAAUCUGUCCACUGUCAGCCACCUGCCCCGACACAGAAACUCCACCAGCCACUGCAGUACUCUCCGCCCAGACCAGCCCCACCUUCACCUGUGGCCCCUGAGCGGCCCCUGUCCCAGAGCCCUCCUCAGGCUCCAUCUCCCACUAUAGAGACGCCCAAGCAGGGGCCCCCGGAGCACCUCACCCAGCAGGCCUUCAUCAUCGAGUUCUUCGAUGACAACCCGCGUAAAAAGCGCUCACAGUCCUUCACCCACAACCCCGCCCAUGCUGACUCGUACUCCGCCCUUAAGGCCAAGCUGGAGCGGCGGAAAGGCGGCGAGAGGCCGGCAUCCGUGCACGGCCAUAUCCCUCCCACCCAGCAGGUGACGGUCCCUCUGAAAGGACAGAGUCACGGUGGACCCCAGAGAUCAAGCUCUCUGAAGAGGGAGAAAACAGAGGGGGAGGCGGCCUCGUUAAGUUCCUCCUCUCGCUCGUCCUCGGGCAUCGUCAUCAGACCCUUCGGCAGCGUCGGGAAGAAGUCCAAACUCGCCCAGGAGUUUGCAGCUGAAUUCCUGAAGGAUUCGAGUCAACAGGAUUCCUCCCCAACCAGGGACAAGAUGUCACCUCCACCAAUGUCUGCGCCACCGGUGAUGGUGUCGCCUGCUCAUGCAAGGAUUCCUUCCCCACAAGAACCCCCAGCACUGUCUUCAGUCUCCUACCCAUCCUCACCCUUUCAGCCUCCAGCAAUCUCAAAGUCCUCCAUCCCCACCAAUGCUGGACAGACUUCCUCUCCGGCCCACUCCUCUGGACCUCACUCGUCCUCCAUGCUGCCUCUGGGCGUCCGAGCAGGAGACAUGAAAGGUUCCCAGAGGACGGUGAGGAAUGAGGAGGACGACAGUCUAAGUGACGCCGGGACCUACACCAUUGAGACGGAGUCGCAGGACAAAGAGGUGGAGGAGGCUCGCAACAUGAUCGAUCAGGUGUUUGGUGUCCUCGACUCUCCAGAGUACAGUGGUGUGAACACAGGAGUCUAUAGACCUGUAAUAAAUGAUGGCAAGGAUGAGCAAGCUAACCUGCCUAGUGAUGGUAGCACUGUGGACCCGUUGCAUGGCUUUAUCCCAGCUGCUAUCAGCGGCCCCCCAACAGGCCCCAUACAGGUUCCAGCUGCUAUUGCAGCAGGUCUGGAAGGACCCAAGUGGGUUUCCCGUUGGGCCAGUCUGGCAGACAGCUAUGCUGAAUCUGGUUCCACUCCACCUCAAGGGGAAUGUCUAGAAGAUUUGCGCUUCAUGAGCCGCUCGAUGGGAAGUUACAGUUACGACAACUCUGAGUCCGAGUCCAGCCACAGCUCCAGGACGAGACGGCUGCUGCCCCAGGUGCCUCCAGACAAGCUGGAUAGUGUCGCCCCGAGUAUCCUGAUUCGCCAUGAAUCUUACCAAGGCCAGGAACCUCUGGACAGAGUCUCUGGUCCUCCACGCCCACAGGACUCCACCCAGCGCCUUUCCGUUCAGGAUGAUGUGGACCCAGACAGCCUGAGUGAUGCCAGCCGCUCAGAUGAUGGACCUGUUUUAGAGAAAACAAAGAAGAAUCAGGCCAGGACCGGAGCCAUGUCUCCAGGUGCCCCUGGUUCUCAGUUUAAAGGUCAGGAGAAGGUGUCUCCAUCCACCAAAUCCACCUCCUUCUACAUCGGUUCUGAAGACCAUCCAGGCAAAUCUGACCAGGCUCAAAGCCCGUUACAGCCUGAGAGGACACAAGAACCCCCUGCAAAAACUCCGCCUACCACAGUCUUGAUCCGACACCUGAGUGGACAUGAACCCAGGAGGACAGGUGUGAAACCCAACAGCUCCGCUCCAAACCUCCAAGCACAGGACAAGGACUCUGUCCCAACUAAAGACGGCUGCAUGUCAUCGUUUGUCCGGCAGGAGAGCUUCACCAAAGACCAGCCCAGUGACACUGUCCAGAUGAAGAAACUUCCCCACAUCUCCAGCCACCCAUCCAUCAGAGACCUGGAGCAGAGGAGGGAGAACAUCCAGGACACGCAGUCCUUCCUUCAGGAGGCCGAGGGAACUCUGUCCUCUCUGGAUACCAAGUUCCCCUCGUCUGGUUCAGGUCGCAGCUCUAAGAAAGGGGGCUCCUCCAGCCACGUGGACGACUCCCUAUCGGGAGAGUCAGAUGUGGACACAGCAAGCACUGUGAGCCAAGUGAGUAGCAAAAAUGCUCCAGUGAGCUCUGCCUCUAAAAAGCGUCCCACAAUCAGCAGCCUUCAGAAGGAGAAGUCCUCCUCCAGCCCAUCCAUCCAAGAGAAAGGACGGCAGCUCACCGCCCGCGAACGGCUGUCUGAGAAACGCCGAAGCCAGGCGACUACUGAUACAUCAACUAAGGCAGAGGCAGCGAAGCGCUUCCAGAUGCGCCGCAGCGCAGGGAACCGUGGUUCUCUGGAUCUGUCUGAGGGCCAGCAGGGUUCUGGUCCACACUGGACUGAAACUACAUCAUCUGACCAUGAAACUUCCCGUCCAUCCAGCCGCAGCAAGAAACUGAUCGCCCCCCUUCAGAAAGAAGACAAUGGAAAGAUGUCUAAGACGGCAACUCAGCAGGUCCUGACACGUUCCAACAGUCUGUCAGCACCACGGCCAACCCGAGCAUCCAUGCUUCGUCGAGCACGACUGGGCGAGGCCUCAGACAAUGAAGGUGCUGAGACUGACCGGGCAUCCCAGAAUUCUGACAAUAUCACUACACCGGCCAAAGUUUCCGCCGAGGGGAAGAAGCUGUCCAGGCUGGACAUUUUAGCGAUGCCAAGAAAGAGGACCGGCUCCUUCACAGCUCCCAGUGACAACGAGACAUCCUCCACAGGUCGGUCCGGGUUUUCCAAUCGGAACUCCGAGUCCGUUGCCACCACCAGGAAGACAUCGGUGGGCGACGCCCGGCAGGCAGCUAGCAAAGGGAGUGGAGCUUCGGGGAAGCAACCACUGACCCGUACCCGGUCCAGUGGAGCCAAGUACCCCAGCACUGGUUCCCGCCGCAGACAGAAGGGCUCAGACUUCUCCUCUUCCUCGGAGGAAGAAUACGAAACCACUGCCGGUACUCCUAAAGCCAAACGCUCCUCCCAUCCCUCCACCUCCACUCAGACUCCCCGCGGCCACCGGACGGCUGCUGCUAGAUCCAAAUCUGUGUCCCUGGAGACGGAGGAGGACGAAGACCAGAACGAGGUUGACCCCUACCAGAACUGGUCCACGCACAGCGCAGAGAUCGCCAAGCUCAGUCAGGACCUGGCCAAAGACCUGGCCAUCCUGGCCAAGGAAAUCCACGACGUCGCCGGGGACGGAGACUCGCUGAGCUCUGGCAUGGGCACCACCACCUCACCCAGCUCGCUGCCCAACACGCCGGCCUCCACCAUCUCCGCCAGGGAGGAGAUGCCAUCUUAUCCAUACUUACGUGGGGUUCGACCAUCUCAGCUGGUACAACAUAUCCCCGAGGCCAGUUUAAACUACCAGAAGGUUCCUCCAGGUUCUGCUGCCGUCUCGGACCUGGAUGCAAACAUGAAUGAGCCGGAGCCCGGUUCUAAGCAGCGCCGUCCGUGGAACCGCGAAGAGGUGAUUCUGGAUAACCUGAUGCUGAACCCGGUGUCUCAGCUGUCUCAGGCCAUCCGGGAGAACACGGAGCAGCUGGCUGAGAAAAUGAAGGUUCUGUUCCAGAACAAGGCCGAGGUCUGGGAGGAGAUUGAAGCGAAGAUCAAUGCUGAGAACGAAGUCCCCAUCCUGAAAACCUCGAACAAGGAAAUUACCUCCAUUUUGAAAGAGCUGAGGAGAGUCCAGAGGCAACUGGAAGUAAUAAACACUAUCGUGGAGCCUGGUGGGAGUCUUCAGACUGCAGCCGUUGGGACGUCAUCUCUGGAUCAGACGCGACCGACCUCGAGGGAGAAGAAACCCACCUCCAAACCCCGUGGCGCCCCCCCAGCCUCCAACGCCAAUGAAAGCACCAAACGACCACCUCGUGGACCCGACGGGGGCCACUAAAUGGCCUGAGCAGGCCAACGUAGCACCUCUGGAUAGUGACUGUGCAUCCACACCCUCAGCUGCCUCUUUGAUGAUCCACUUUCUGUAGCCCCUGGAGAGGCGUAGUUCUGCAGAGGUAGUCUAGAUCAGCUGGCAGCCAUGUUAGGAGAUGUAGCUGAACACAGACGUCAACUUAUUGUGUUGUUAGCUUGAAUGUGGCAACAGAAGUAAUUUGUCUUCGGCCUCAAGUCAUCAGCUGACGAUUGUCGUUGGGUUGUAGCUCCUGGAGAAGGUCUGAACAUGAGCUGUGUCCAUUUUCAGGAGGCCACCUCCUACAGAGUCCACAAAGACCAAGUCUCAGACAAACAUGGUCCAAACCUGCUUCUAUUCGGAGGACUCCAGGUCCGACAUCUGAGGUGGGGGGAGGAGGCCACUGAGUCUUCACACUGUAAAAUGAUAAAGGAUGAUUUCAGUCAGACAGGGUUAAGUCGUGGGUCAGUCGAUGUCUGAUCUGGUCUCGUGGUGAAUCAGCUGACCACGAACCUGCAGCUCACUGUUUCACUGAUUUCUUAGUCUUUUUAUAUUUUAUAAUCGUUCCCGCUCUUUUCUAUCCUAUCACUCAUUAGCUGUGUCCCAGUUCAGGGACCCCUUCCUUCAAAGGAUGUGGUCUACGAAGGCAUGGCCUCCAAACAGGAUUUCCUGUUCAUCCUCAGCUGCUGUUUUAUUUGUGGAGUCUUCUUCUCUUUUUGAAGAAUGAUUCGUCACUGCUGUGCAAUGAAUCUUGGGAUAGGUUGGACCAUGAAACAAAGGACACUCUGAACUGAGACACAGCUGAUGUGUCUGUCUCUGCUUUGUGUCAAUAACCACAACAUUUACAACAACUUGCAAACCUUUGUGUCAAGUUUUAUUGUGGUCUUAGAGACGAGGAUCAUGUCCUCCACUGUCCUCACCUGGUGAAGACCUAAACAUCUGGAUCACCUGUUGUCCCCAAACCCCUGACAGGUGUUCUACUUGUGUCCUAUAGAAACUGAACACGGCUGAACUUCACCCUCAGACUGACUGACCUUGUGUCUUUGUGGACAAUGUCAUCUGAAGGAGACGGCCUCAGAAUGGGACGCAGGUUAGCUGCAGAGAUUGACUGAUGAAACCUUCAUGUCAUCUUGGUGGAGUCUAUCACCUGGACACAUUGUGCAGGUCUUGAUUUUGACCAGUGUGGUGUUUAAUUAGUCUCAAAACUAAAAGCAUAUAAAAACUGCGAGCGCACUGUCCAUCGAGAGCAUGGAGCCGUGAUGAGCGCAAUGUUUCAACACUCGCGAAGGAGGAUAGGGAGAAGGAGAAGGAAGAGACGAAGGAGGAGAAGAAGCCUCUCAUGUACUGUGGCUCGCUGAGCAGAGAUCGCUCCUUUGCGACAUAGGUUUCCCGCCCCGGGAUCUGUUCAGUGCGUUCGCAUCACACAAACAUGUUUUUAAGCGCAUGACUUUUGCGACUAAUAAAACGCCAUUGACCAGGAGACGGUUUGUGUCACCUGAGCAGGAGUCUGUCGUUCAGGUGACUCAUCCAGAUGUCGUAUUGUAAAGCACAGUAUUUUUAACCCUUAUCUGACCGAUGCUACGGUCACACAGCUGCCGGUUUACAGCAGCUGGAGGAAACUGCUGGCGGUGUGGAUGCAUCUGAACCAUCCAAACCUCAUUGUAUCCAGUCAUCAGUCAGUAAGACGUAUAUAACCCUGUAGAACAAGCUCAACAACAUUUAGUCGACGCUAAAAAAAGAAGCAGCUGCUUACUCCGCAGUUCAAAUGUAAACUGAUCAACUUUGUGCUUCGAGAAUCUGUCACGUUGCAUAUGAACAGAUGAUCGCUCGUGUCCGUUUUUUUGUCUGUGUUCAUGAAGAGACGUCAGGCGGUCCGACACGCCUCGGCCUCAGACACAAAACAGCUGCUCCACUCGUCUGUAAAGAGAGGAUGUUUGACUGAAUGUGUUUGCUGCCUGUCCUCUCUCUGUUUCUGCUGUGAUUACUGUCCAACUUUAGCUGAAUGUUGUGAGUGCUGAAUGUCAAAUGUCUGUUGACCUCAAAAACAGCUGAUCCAACAUGAGACGUCCUGCUGGUCCUUAAACGCAUCGCCUCUCUGAGUCACAGUAAAACUGGACAAUCUGCUCUCAUACUAUAGGAAUAAUGUAACCAACCUGUUCUUGAUCGGUCGAGACAACUUCGUUAACUUGAGAACAAGUGUAGCUUUUGUUUCAGUUAAUGUCAGAUGAUUAAAACAGGAUUAAAUUCUCCACAGAAAAGUCGUUCUCAGUCAUCACGACUUCAAGGUAAAAGGUUCUGUGUUUGUCUCCAGAACAGAUGAAGAGUCUCUGCUGACCAUCAGUGGUGUGAUUCUGCGAGUGUGAUUGGUCCAAAGGUCAGAGGUCUGACUGUAGAAAUUACAUGUAAGACCAUUACCUACAUUACUGUCUUUUUCCAGAGCUUUCAGCCACAUCCCACAGUCUUCACAGAGGGUUAUUGUCUGAUGACCCACCUGUUGUGACUGUGAGCUGCAGCUGACUGUAGACUCCUCUUUAAACCUGUUAAAUUCAGUUGAUCUGUUUUAGGCUCCGUCCACACGACUAAGUUUUCAUCUUCAAACUAAAAUGAUCUCCAUCCAGACUAUCACACCUGAAAACUCACAUACACGAGUGUUCACCUGCACUGAGCAUGUGCAAGGCGGUGUAAACAGGAAGUAGAUUGUAUCCUCUGCAGUUGUAGCAUUAAAACAGAGAAUGUAAGUGAACAGCAGCUGCUGCAAAGACAACAAGGUCAGUAACACUGUCAUUCAUCAUCAUGUUGUAUUUACCACUGGUAGUCCAGGCUGAUGACAGCCAAUCAGGAGAGACCAUUGGUGUGACCUCAUCAUUUACAAAGGUCCCACUUUCUGUCCAGAAUACAAUACAACCCCGAGUUUUCAAACUAAAACACAACCCCAGAGUUUUCAAAAUAAAACACAACCCCAAAGUUGUCAAAAUAAAACGCAACCCCAGAGUUUUCAAAAUAAAACGCAACCCCAGAGUUUUCAGAAUAAAACACAACCCCAGAGUUUUCAGAAUAAAACACAACCCCAGAGUUUUCAGAAUAAAACAACAGCAGAAGUUUCAAAACUUUCAAAAUUAAACAACUCCAGGAAAGCUUCUGUUUUCGAUGUUGAAAACUCUGGAGUCGUGUGAACGGAGGAGGAAACAUAGAAGAAUAGAUGAGUUUUAAAAUGAAAGCACUGUGGACGUCGCCUUAGAAAAGUGCUCUAUGAAUAAAGAAUUUACAUCUUUACCAUCUGCUUAGCAGAGGCGGAGGUCGAGGUGAGACACCUGUGUAGAGUGUGUGUGUGUGUGUGUGUGUGUGUUUGUUCCUUCCUCCAUGUGUUGAAGCAGCUGGGCCUCAGUGUAGAGACGCUGUACAGAUGUAAGUAGAAACAGCAGCUGAGUGAAGUCCUGCUGAUGAGCAGUGUGUGUUUAGCUUAGCUUAGCACAAAGACUGGGAGCAGAGGGAAACUGUUAGCCUAGCUGCUGGUUAUUGUUGAUUGGUGUCAUCACUGGAUCACUGAGCUGUGACCAUGAAACAGUUAAUGAGCUGUGUGAACACUGAGCAGGUCUGUUCAGGUGCCUUGUAGCUGAUGCCCUCAGUGUUGUUUGACAGGCACAGUUGUCCUCUCUGUGGCUCUCUCCUCUGUUCUGUGAUGGAGCUAGGAUAACGUUUCUCCCUGCUUCAGUCUUUGUGCUAAGCUAGGCUAACUGGACUCGGGAGGAUUUCACUCAACUGUGUUUGGCUGGAGAAACAGAAUAUUUUAGACUUUUAUUUUGUAAAGUGCAUGUUUCCUGUAGCUUGAGGCAGGUGAGAGUUUGAGGCUAGUUCACCAAAUGUGCACUUUUUCAUUUGACACACACCUGGUGGAGACAGGUGGAGUUUUAUUUUUUCAGUCAUGGUGUGUUCGUGCUCUGCAGCCAUUGAGAAUGUAUUUAUUUAUCACCUGCCCACAACAAACCUGAUUGGCUGUUGCUGUGAUGAUGUAACUGCUGCUGCUCCAGGUGAUUGGUUACUUUUGUUACCAUGCAUGAAGCUGUAGAAACAGGCUGAAUAGACCGUGGUUCAUAUUUACUCUGGAUGUUUCCUUUUCUCAGAAAAAAACUUUUUUAUGCAUUCAAUCGUGUGAAGGUCCUUUCAGAAUAAAACCUUCCUGUUAUUUAUUCAGUUCAAAUGAUUUGCAGAUAUAUGGACUCUCAUGUGUUCAUCAUCAACAGGAUUUCUUUGUAUCACCAUGUCAUUUGUAAUAAACUGAUUUCAUGCAUCCUUUUGUAUGAUGUCAUAAUGACCAGC